AUGGUUGCCCAAAAGCUCGACGGCAAUGCUAUUGCCAAGUCGAUCCGGGAGAAGCUCUGCACUGAGGUCACUGAGAAGCAGAAGCUCAACCCUAGGUUCAAGCCUUGCCUCAAGAUCAUCCAAGUGGGUGAUCGCUCAGACUCUUCUACAUAUGUUCGCAUGAAGCUCAAGGCUGCUGCCGAGGCUGGCAUUGACAGCCAACUGCUGCACUACCCGGAGUCUAUCACAGAACCAGAGCUUCUUGAUCAUCUCCGUCAAUUUAACCAUGACCCUGCUGUUCACGGAAUCCUGGUCCAGCUGCCUCUCCCUAAGCAUAUCUCCGAGUACACUGUCACAUCUUUUGUGGCGGAUGAGAAGGAUGUUGACGGGUUUGGUACCAAGAACAUUGGAGAGUUGGCCAAGAGGGGUGGUAAGCCUCUUUUCGUGCCUUGCACACCCAAGGGUGUCAUGAUCCUUCUUAAGGAGUCAGGCAUUGACCUGAAGGGAAAGAAUGCCGUUGUCCUUGGACGAAGUGACAUUGUCGGUAGCCCUGUGAGCUACCUUCUGCGAAACGCUGACGCUACCGUUACCGUUGUGCACUCCAAGACACAAAACAUUGAGGCUUAUGUCAAGAACGCGGAUGUUGUUGUCGCUGCCAUUGGCCAGCCUUUGUUUGUUCAGGGCAGCUGGCUGAAGCCUGGCGCCGUUGUCAUCGAUGUGGGAACCAACUUUCUGCCCGAUGCCACCAAGAAGUCUGGCUACCGACUUGUUGGUGAUGUCGACUACGCCGCCGCAGUUGAGGUUGCCUCCGCCAUCACUCCUGUUCCUGGCGGUGUUGGGCCUAUGACCGUUGCCAUGUUGAUGCAGAACGUCGUCGACGCUACAACGUGGUACUUCGAGUCUCAAAAGCUUCGAAAGACCAUUCCUCUGCCCCUGAAGCUAGAGGACCCCGUCCCUUCUGAUAUUGCUGUAUCAAGGGCACAGAUCCCCAAGGAGAUCACACGUAUCGCUGCUGAGAUUGGCAUUUCUCCUCAUGAACUUGAGCCUUAUGGUGCAUACAAGGCCAAGGUUGACCUUAGCCUGCUGCAGCGACUGGAGCACCGAAGAAACGGUCGAUAUGUUGUUGUCACUGGUAUUACCCCUACUCCCCUCGGCGAGGGUAAGUCUACAACAACCAUGGGUUUGGCUCAGGCUUUGGGAGCUCAUAUCGGACGAUUGACAUUUGCCAAUGUACGACAACCUAGCCAGGGUCCCACCUUUGGCAUUAAGGGAGGUGCUGCUGGAGGAGGCUACAGUCAGGUCAUCCCUAUGGAUGAGUUUAACAUGCACCUUACUGGUGAUAUUCAUGCUAUCGGUGCCGCCAACAACUUGCUGGCGGCUGCUAUCGAGACUCGCAUAUUCCACGAGAACACCCAAAAGGACGGUCCUCUGUACAAGCGUCUAGUCCCCGCCAAGAACGGCGAGAGAAAGUUCGCCCCUGUCAUGUUCCGUCGGCUCAAGAAGCUUGGAAUCGACAAGACGAAUCCUGACGAUUUGACUGAAGGUGAGAUCCACAAAUUCGCCCGAUUGGAUAUCGACCCCGAUACCAUCACCUGGAGACGAGUUCUGGACGUCAACGACCGUCAUCUCCGAGGCAUCACAGUUGGAACUGCUCCUACUGAGAAGGGCCAAACCCGCGAGACUGGCUUUGACAUCACUGUCGCCAGUGAGUGUAUGGCUAUUCUGGCACUUAGCAACAGUUUGGCCGAGAUGCGCGAGCGUCUCGGCUCCAUGGUUGUAGCCACAUCACGAGGCGGCGACCCCGUCACAGCCGACGACAUCGGCGCUGGCGGUGCCCUCACUGCUCUCAUGAAGGAUGCCAUCAAGCCCAACCUGAUGCAGACCCUCGAGGGUACUCCUGUGUUUGUGCAUGCUGGUCCUUUCGCCAACAUCAGCAUUGGACAGAGCUCUAUCCUUGCCGACAAGCUUGCGUUGAAACUCGCCGGUACCGAGCCUGAUGAGGAUUUUAGCGAGAAGUCUGGAUUCGUUGUUACCGAGGCUGGUUUCGACUUCACCAUGGGAGGUGAACGAUUCUUCAAUAUCAAGUGCCGUACUUCUGGCCUUACUCCUGACGUCGUUGUCAUUGUUGCUACCGUCCGAGCUCUCAAGGUUCACGGCGGCGCCCCUCCUAUCGCUCCUGGUGCUGCUCUUAGCUCUGUCUACAAGGAGGAGAAUGUUGACAUUCUGCGCGCUGGCUGCGUAAACUUGAAGAAGCAGAUUGCCAACGCCAAGUCGUUCGGUAUCCCCGUCGUUGUUGCCAUCAACAAGUUUGCGACUGACACGGACGCCGAGAUUUCUGUUCUCCGCGAGGAGGCUAUCUCGGCCGGUGCUGAGGACGCCAUCUUGUCCAACCACUGGGCUGAGGGCGGUAAGGGGGCUGUUGACCUCGCUCAUGGUGUCAUCGCGGCUGCCGACAAGCCCAAGGACUUGAAGCUGACCUACGAUCUGGAGGGUUCCAUUCACGAGCGCCUGGAGGCCAUUGGCAAGAAGAUGUACGGCGCCGAGAAGGUGGAGCUCAGCGAGAUCGCCCAGAAGAAGGUCGACACCUAUACCCGCCAAGGAUUUGGCAACCUGCCUAUCUGCAUAGCCAAGACACAGUACUCUCUAUCUCACGACCCCGAUCUGAAGGGUGCUCCUACCGGCUUCACAAUCCCCAUUCGUGAUGUCAGGUUGGCCGCCGGAGCAGGAUACCUGUAUGCCCUUGCAGCUGACAUCCAGACGAUUCCUGGUCUGCCAACGGCCCCUGGCUACCUCAACGUCGGUGUUGAUGAGAAGGGCGAGAUCGAAGGUCUCUUCUAG